UUUUCUUAGUUUUUAUAUAGAUUUAAAAAAAAUGUUUCGGGCAACAAAAAAUUUUGAAUGAAAAUUUCUCGUGGAAUGCUCCAUUUAUUACAUAUUUAUUGUUGAUUAAUUUGUUUAUUAUUUACACCUAACUUCAAAAUAGUUUUUUUUAUAAUUAGUGGAAUUGUCAAAGAUGGAUUUGGAUAAAAUCACAACUGUAGUUGCCGGUUAUUCAGAAGAUUUGGCAUUAAAUCAUGUUUGUUACGUUGCCGAUAAUCUCAGCCAAAUAUUACCCAAUUUUUCUUUCAUCAAAAUUUGUGUAGAUCGAUCAAAAUGGAAGGAGUGGUUACAUGAAAUUUGUAAAAAGAACAAUUGGUCCCAUAGAAAGUCACCAUUAAUUUGGCGCGAAUACAAUUUAUCAAAUGAUCGUCAAUAUUACAUUGGAGGAGCCACUGAAUUUUGGGAAUUUGUUUAUGAAUAUUAUGGAGUGAAUUCUCGACUUUCCAAAAAAGAACUUGAAGCUCUUAAAAAAGAUACAACUUGGGCACAAUCGAAGGAUGCAAGUUUAAAAUGUUCAGAAGAAGAAAAAAAUAAAUCUUUUUCUAUAACAGUAAUAGGAGCCGGUCGUUCUGCUUGUCCAGAUCUUAUAGCUCAAAUUAUAACAUUAAAAGAGCUUUCAACAAAAGCACCAGGUGGAAUUAUUCUCAAUGUAUACGAUGAACUGAGUUAUUUUUUAAAAAUUAAGGAUAUGCUUACAGAUAUUUUAUCUGUUGGAGGAACUUUACGUUCUACAAAUAUUUUAAAAAAUGUUUCUGAUGGAUUGAAGAAUUGCGAUUUACUUAUAAUUUUGGAACAUUUAAAAAUCGAAGAUAUGGAAACAAUCGACUCUUGGUUAAUGAGAAAUUAUGAAUCAACUUUAAAGUUAGCCAAAAAUAUAAAAGAACACUCACCACCGCAUAUGAAGGUGAUAUUUUGUACGAUGGGUCCAGCUUGUUUUUGUGCAAGUAUUAUAGCAAAGGUGGCAACAAAUUUAAAUAAAUCCAAUAUUGUAGUAGUGAGUACACAUUAUGGUCUUGAAAUGUUGUAUGAUUUUGUAAAAUCUUUGGAUGUUGAGAUUAAAAAUGUUGGCUGUCCUCCGGUGUGGGGAUAUUUAGGCAUUAAUCAUUAUGUUGAUGUUGAUCAUGUUGUAGAAGUUAAAAAUAUUUUUCUAUCCAAUAACAUUGCUAAUGGAAGUAAAAGCUCAGCAGAACUUAGGUGGCUUUUCUAUCUCACCUACGAUAAGAAACCUUUUGAUAUUCUAUUAAAACGCAAGACUAUAUCAUUCUAUGAAGUUGGCAGAACGGAAGAUUUUCAAAAAUGUAAAGCACUGUGUGACCUUUUAAAAUUAUGGUUUGGAUAUGAAAAUGAAGAUGAUAUUAUCUCGCUUGGAAUUUAUUCAGAUGGAACUUUUGGAAUUCCAGAAGGAAUUUAUUUCUCUCAGCCGGUCUAUUUAAAAAAAAUUGAAGAUAAUUCUUUUGUGUGGUCGCCUUGCAUUGAAUUUCCUAAACCAAAUCUUCCAUCUGGAAUGUUUGAAAAUUUAGUUACCACUGCGACAAUAAUUGAGAGAAGUAUUAAUUCAAAAGAUGCAGAAUUUGUUUUUAAAAAUACCGACAGCGAGACUUUUGCCUAAGUAACGCAAUAUAACUUGUAUUUUGUGAUUUUUACAUUUAAAAUUCAUAUUG